AUUUAACUCUUUUUAGGUUGAAGUGUAUAAAUGCAGUUAAUAUAAAUAAACUAUAUAAGAUAGGCUAUUCAUACAAACAGAUUAGUGAGUUUCAAAUAUUUUAAAAUAUGGAAAAAUACGAGGUGAUUGGAACGUUGGGAGAAGGAUCUUUUGGAAGAGUUUACAAGGCUAAACAACGAUCAUCAGGAUCUUUUGUAGCUCUCAAAGUUAUUAGUAAAAGAGGUAGAUCUGUUAAAGAAUUGAAAGGUUUCAGAAGAGAAUGUGAAAUUCAAAGGGAUUUGCACCAUCCAAAUAUUAUACAAAUGUUGGAUUCCUUUGAAACGGAAAACGAGAUUGUUGUUAUUACUGAAUUUGCUCAUAAGGAAUUGACGGGUGUUUUGGGAAAAGUUGGAUAUUUAUCAGAAGAUAAAGUACAAAAAAUUGUAUGGGAUCUAGUUUCUGCUCUGUAUUAUUUACAUUCUAAUAGAGUUCUUCACAGGGACUUAAAACCUCAAAAUAUCUUACUAGAUAUAAAUAAUGCUGCAAAACUGUGUGACUUUGGGUUUGCCAGAAACAUGAGUACUGGAACACAUGUACUAACAUCUAUUAAAGGUACGCCAUUAUACAUGGCUCCAGAACUAAUAGAUGAACAACCUUAUGAUUACACUGCUGAUCUUUGGUCAUUGGGUUGUAUAAUUUAUGAAUUAUUGAUGGGAUCACCACCAUUUUGUACUGCUUCGAUAUUACAUCUAAUAAGACUUAUAAGACACGAACAAAUUCAGUGGCCUACAUUUUUGUCAGAUAACUGUAUUUCAUUUCUUAAGGGGUUGCUUCAGAAGAAUCCAUUGAAAAGAUUAACAUGGGAGGAAAUUUUGGAACAUCCAUUUGUUAAAGGACACAUUAUUAUUGUAACUAACACUUCAGCUCAACCUUUGACUAGGCCCUUAUCCCCAAAUACAUCCCAUGCUAAAGAACAGCAGAGAAAAGAAAGUAUCAAGAACAAAUUAGUGAAGAUAUCUAGUAAAAAUAAUGAGGUUCAAGAGCAAACAACAUCCGGUAAACCUAUUAAAAUGAAGACAAGCAAACAAUCUGAUAGUAGUUCUAAUGAAGCAAAUAAAAAAUCUCUUCAUCAAGAUUCACAAAAUAAUAAUGUUCCAGAAAAUUCAACUAAAAAUACAACUCCAAGUAAUAUAAAUGGAAAAACUUUGAUAGUCGAAGAAAAUUCUCUAAAUAUGAAUCUGAAUAAAGACAAUUCCAAAAAUACUGAAACCGUUAACUUAGGAAAUCAAAGAAAAAGUUCUUUGAAUACAUUUAAUUUCAUAGAAGAUAAUCAACCAAUAGAAACUGACGAAUGGAUUGUAUUUUUGACUAAAACAAUUCAGGAAGUGAUAAACGGUGAAAUGAUCUCACUUACACAGUCUACUCAGACGAAUGUAUUGGUAUCACCUCUGAAAAAUCCAAAUGCAAGUCCUAAAGUGAUUAGUUUUGUUACACGAUUGCUAUCAAUACCUUUUGUGGUAAAAGGAGUAACGUCAAGUUGUUUAUUAGAAAUUAGGAAAGUAUAUUCUGAAGUGAAAGUAGUUCCUAAUUUAGUGUAUGCGAUAAAACUUCUACUGCGCGAUUCUGGUAAUGAUUCUUCUUCAGAUACAACUUCGCCAAUAAACUCUCCUUUGCCACUUUCCGCAGAACGAUAUAGAAGAUUAUCAGAACUGACAAAUGAGGAUUUCCAAACAUUGGAAUACAUUUUUGUGCUCAUUGCUCAUCUCGUUCAUCUCGACGACGAAUUUUUGAUACAAUUUUGUGAUGCGGUUGUCGUAUUGUCAAUUUAUCUACUGAUGAAACUGUUCUUAUCAUUUACUUAUAAAACAAGCAUUCGAAUAGUAACUGACAUUCUGGCAGUUUUAACGCGAUUAAUGAGUAGAUUACCGGAAAAUAGCUACGUUAUAGAAAAAACUCUUUUAUCCAGCUCAGAUAAUCAGGAGAUGAAGCAGGUUAAUUUCGUAGAUCUGAUGCGACAUUCGGAUUCGUUAUUACGAGAAAGAACUUGUUAUUUUUUAUUAUGGUUCAGUAGAACUCAACAACUAAAUGUUAUUAAAAUAUUUUGGAAUUUUACUGUGAAGGAUACAUUAGAAGCAUUGGUUUACGAUUCUAUUGAAACUGUGAGAAAUGCUGCCGAGUAUGCUGUUUCAGAACUCAAAAAUAAAGAUUAUUAUAAAGAAGUGAAAUGAGUUACUAUAUAAACAUGAGUUGGAAAAGUUUGAUCAAAUUUCACUUAUUUCAAUGUCAAAUUUUGAGAGGUUGACGAUAAGAUAAAACCAAAGUACUAAUUUGCAAAGA